UAGCCUGAAAAUUGAAAGAUAAAUAAUAUUUUCGUUAAUGGAAGCCACUGAUAGCCAAUACGACCAGCUUUACAAAAUAGUCCUCAUUGGGGACUCUGGUGUAGGUAAAUCCUCUCUUGUGAGUAGGUAUGUCAAGGGAACCUUCCCCAAGAACAAGGGGGCUACUAUUGGAGUAGAAUUCGCUUCUAAAAAUCUCAAGUUGAAAACAGGCACGAAUGUGAAAGCACAAAUCUGGGAUACAGCAGGGCAGGAACGCUACCUUGCCAUCACAUCUGCACAUUACCGAAGAGCUGUAGGAGCUUUAGUCGUGUACGAUAUCUGCAAGAGCCAGUCAUUCGAUAACUGUGAAAAAUGGAUAAAUGACGUGAAAGCUCAAGCUGAUCCUGAUAUCGCAAUCAUGUUGGUUGGUAACAAGCUUGAUAAGGCUAAAGGAAGCGACGCAAGAGAUGUUGAAGAGAGAGUUGGAGAGGAAUUCGCCAAGAAGCACGGGCUAUUGUUCAGUGAAGCCUCUGCUCUCAGUGAUACUAAUGUCACCUCAGCUUUUGAAGAUUUACUGACUUAUAUUGAUGAAGGAAGGUCGAAAUCUAAUAAAGGCGGAAAAAGAGUUGUAGGCACCAGUCUUGGACAGAAUAUGAACUCUAGUUUUGAAAAGGAGGAUGAUGGGUGCUCUUGUUAGAGUUAGGGCAAUUGCAAAAAGCAAGCAGACUUUAAAUAAUUUCAA